CCCAUCCAUCACAUCCGAACCUCUCCCCUCUCGCAGGUGUACGGAUUUCUCUGAAUCCAACUUGCCUGUCUGGAUAUCCAGCAGGCCGAGAGAGGCUGUCUUUCUUUUGAACUGAAUCAACCGUCACUUUCUUUGCCGCGUCGCUCUCCUUACCCCGUAUCAUCUAAGGCAAAGCUGAAACGGCCUUAGAAACACAUUCUAGCCUAUCGAUUAGCCCAACUCGCUUUUAGGUACUCCGUACAAGCCACCGAUUUGGCCCAGCGUUUUGACUCCGCUUGAGAGCUCCUCUUCGCUUUCCUUUUACCCUUGUUGACAUGGCAGCUCAUGCCUAACUCCUUUGUUGCUCUUUCCGAUCGCCGUUCAGCUGCUUCAUCCCCAGCUACAGCAAUGGGCCAAGCUGGUUCCUCGCAACGGGCGGACUUUUUUCGCCGCACCAGCUCCACCUCUGAUCAGCAAAUCGGGGACGAUCACAUUGGUCCAUCUUCCAGUCUUCCGAGCAUGCAAAUUAGCCGCAACGCGAGUGAGCCGACCAGUGGGUCGGAAGCCACUACGCCAUCGAUCUCAGAGCUUCCAGCUUCCCGGGGGUCAACCUCAACCCGAAUAUCGAUAGAAAAUCAAGAACGCAUAGGAUCAUUCGUGCAUGAUGAGCACGAAGACUUGGCCAUGGAGGGACUGUCGACGCAGGGCUCCAUUCAUACUCGUCAGUCUGCUCAAUCGUCCAGUAGCCGACAGUCAACCAUGUCGAGACUAGGGUCAAGAAUCAUUCCGAGCUCCAUCAGGAGAAGCCUACAUAGCCGUGGAAGUGAAUCGUCAGGGGAAAGCCAGCCUAAUCGUCCCACUCUCUUUUCCAGAUCCGGACUCUCCUCUCGACAGGAUGGCCGCAAUCGUCCACAGUCACCUUCGCUCAGAAACCUAGGAUCUCGGGGAAUAGCAAGAAGACGCUCGAUCCGGGGACCCUACGCACUACCACGUGGCGAAUCUGCUCUCCUGCCCGAAUCCCCUCCGAAUCCAACUUUCCUAAGUCCUGAUAGAGCCGCCGAACGUCGUAGGUUCUCUUGGCGCCGCCACUCCCGGUUGAGCCAUGUGCGUAGUUCAAUAGCAUCACCGAUGUCACAUAUGUUCGGCCAAGGUUCACCUUCAACCACAAGUCAUGCAUCUACGGCCCCGCCACGACGUCCUUCUCGUUCCGGGUUUACGGAAGAUCCAGAUGGUUCGCUCCCACCUUUACGACAAAUGGAUUCUGCGAUGGAUUUGGAUGAGCCACACGAACUUGAUUCAGUUGAGCCGGCAGCUCGACACGUUCGCUCAAACUCAGCUUCUUCUCGAUAUGUCCCGGCCGUUUCGGAGGCCAGGAGAUCGCCUGGUGCAAUUAGGUCACGAGCAACUCGGCUACUCCGAAGAGAUGAAUCUACACAAACGCCCCUGUCUCACAUCCUACACCUGGCUGCAAGCGCACUCGCAGCUCAGAUUUCAGGAAAUGCGACUCCAGCAGCUUCCAACCUUCAAAAUAUCGGAGCGGAUGGUCUGGAUGGGCCGCUUGAGUCCCUCUUGCAAGGCUUGCAACAUAUUGCUUCUUCGCAGGAAGAGGCUGGUGCCGGUGAAAAUUCGGCCGAGGGAGGCUUCCCUAAUGUUAAUUUCUUAAGAGUCUUUCGUUUCGUCAACGCCGAUAAUGCUCACAACAGUCCUUCUCAGUCAAACUCAUCCGAAUCCCAAGAAGACGCUGGUGAUUCAAUGGAGACAGGUCAUUACGAUCCAGGAGAAGAAAAUCCUGAAAGGCGAUUGCUGACUCUAGUUGUUGUCGGCGUGAGAUCUAUCCCGGCUAACGGUAGCACUGGGAAUGAAAGCGGUACCAAUGCUAGAUUGAACGCCGAAUCGCUCCUUCGCCUACCAUUCCUAUCUGCCGGAAAUCUUCUCCGUAGCGAUAGAGGCUCUAGUGGCUUCCUGCGUCGCGGUGAUGGCCGAACCCGAUUCGCUAGCAAUCGCAACUCUGUCGCUGGUCCACCCAUACAAACCAAUCACGAUAGCCAACCACAUCAAUCUACUUCUUCUGGGGGACGGUCCGAUGCUGGAUCGCUCGCCGACUUGUCUUCAUCCCUGCCAACAGUUUUUUCGGAAAGUCCACCAGGCCCAAAUCCUCCACCGUCCACGCCGGCUGACCCUGGCCUAUCUGGUGCAUCUUCGACGGUAAAUACUCCGAGCAGAAGACCCUCGUCGGCCUCUGCUUUCCUCCCGCAGCUAAAUGAGGACUCCAGUGGGGAAGCCGAAGCGGCUGCUGAACAAAGUACGGCCUUUAAUUUCCCUCGCCAGCGCCGACGGAGCGAUUCCGAAGCUGCUCGCCAUCGCGGACUUGGCUCUGGUGCGGCACGUCGAAAUGGAGUGGUUGAACCGGAUGACCCUUCGCCAAGUACUACAAGAAGCUGGUUGAUUUAUGUCGUUGGUGCUAACCUUGCUGAGAAUCAUCCAGCCCUCGCUGCUCCCAGCUUGUUUACUGAUAAUCCUACGUACGAGGAUAUGAUGCUCUUAUCUUCUCUUCUCGGCCCCGUUAAACCACCUGUGGCUUCAGAAGAAGAUGUUGCUCUCGCCGGAGGCCUUUAUCGAUUAGUUCAGUAUCCCGAGUCAUUGGUUGCUGAAAACGCGGAAGACGGAGAACGCAUUCAUAUUAGUGAAAACGAUAGGUGUCUCAUCUGUCUCAGUAACUAUGCUGCUGAGGAGGAAGUCCGGUUAUUAGCAAAAUGCAGACACAUCUAUCAUCGCGAAUGUAUUGACGAGUGGUUGACUACCGGGCGAAACUCCUGCCCCUUAUGUAGGGGCGAGGGUGUCUCAAACUCCGACAACAAUGGAAACACCGCUGAACCUGAAAGCAACUCAACAUAAAUGUCGACGGUCUACCCAUCAGUCAGUUCCAACUGACUAACAUGUCUGCUAAUAUCACUCAACACAUCCGUUCCAGUACCAUUUCUAAUCGCUUCUUGCUCUAUAUCCGGUGCAUAACUAUCCCAUCCUAUUACGGAAUCUCCGCGAAAUUACAAAUAUUUCACAUUCUUCUUGACGGUUGCAAAAGCUUUUCCGUCCUCUUGGGUUUGCCACUCUCAUCUUAAUGACAAUUUGAGAACCUCACUUUUUUAUCCUGGUGGUUUUGAAAGCGAUUCUGUGUUUUAAGAAUUAGUCAUUCGGGACGUGCGAAUUCGCUCGCUUUAACCUCGUCCUUAAGCGUAAAGUCUCUUGUUGGGUUCAGAAUUUGGUGCGUUUUAGUUUUUCUUGUCCUUGAUUGCAGAAGCACGCAAAGCCGGCGCAGUUUGGGGGUACGGGACCAUAAACUGUAUACAGGGUUACGUGGGCAUUUGGUAUUCUUGCAUGGGCUGCUUUUUAUUUCAUUUUCUGCAUUUUCCCUUUUUUGUUAAUCGCUUUGCAUUGAAUUUUCUCCUGGGCGUGUUUGGCCUCCUUGCCUCCCCUCAAUCCCUCCACCCUUCACCCUCAUGUUUGUACUCCCCAUGCAAAAUUGCUUUCCAGCCUGUUCUUAUUUCCUAUCUUUGUCCUUCAGCCUGGUGUGUUGCUUUUUCUUUUUUUUUUUUUUUUUCUCUUUUUCCCUUUUUUAUUUCCUCCCCCGGUUAGGUUGAGCGAGAGAGGAGUGAUUAUUUCAUGAACGGAUUGGGUUCGUUUCUCAUCCAAUCCACUUUCUCGUGUCUAUCUGUCGGUGUCACAAUUGUCAGUGUAUAUUCAUUGCUGGUAUAAAUACGAAUCUAACUAGCUGUUCAUACCCA